AUGCAAUGUUCAAAAAUCAAACGUUUAAACAUGACAGGCAUAUUAUUAAUCAUAUUAUUUUUGUCUGAAAUAAUUAUCGGUACAAUUACUCAUUCGUUAACAGUAAUAUCCGAUGCAUUUCAUGUUUUUUCGGAUUUAAUGGCUGUGAUUAUUACCACCAUCGCAAUAAAAGGAACAUAUUCUACUAUAACAAAUGUAAAUCAUACAUACGGGCAGAAACGUGCUGAAAUCGUUGGUGCAUUUGCUAAUUGUGUUAUAUUGUUUACCAUAUGUGCAACAAUUAUUUUAGAAUCUAUUCAACGUUUAAUAGAACCGGUGCAGGUCCAAAAUCCAACUUUAAUUUUAAUAAUUAGUUUUUUAAGUUUAUCGAUCAAUAUAAUAGGAGCACUAUUAUUGUACGAUGUACAUCAAAAUUCACAUCAUCAUGAAUACAUCAAAAAUAAAUCAUCAACACAUUUAGAAGAGAUUAUUGACGAACAGACAGGACAAAAUUUUAAUAGUAAUGCAUCCGAUAAUGAAUUUGGAUUGAAAUUAAAACAAUGGGAUAAUUAUAAUACAAAAAUUAUCGAUUUAUUUCAUAUGCAAACAUCUAUCGAUAGCAAUCUACGCGAAACAACUUAUAAUAUAUCCGAUUCAUUUUCAACUCUUAAAUGUCGAAAGAAUAACAAAUAUAAAUGGAAUAUAUCAGACACAAACUUGUUGUUUGGAGAUACGAAUUCCAUUCAUAGUGUAAAGCGAAUACCAUUUCCAUCUAAAGAUCGAUCUAUCGUUAAUUUAUGGAAUAAUUACAAUACAAAUCAUAAUGAAACGUUUCUUCAUGAUCAUAAUCACACAUCAAAGAGUAUGAGAAGUGUUUUUCUCCAUUUUGUUGCUGAUAUUCUGACAUCAUUCUGCGUAAUGAUAAAUGGUAUAUUCAUAAAUUUUAUUUUUAAAGAUAAAAAUUUAUGGUGGCAGCCAUAUAUCGAUUCACUUUUGUCACUCACCAUCGUUUUGAUCAUUGCAUUAAACACACUACCACUCACACAAGAAUGUUUUUAUAUAUUAAUGCAAUAUUCACCGAAAUCUAUAAAUAUUGUUGAAUUAAAACAGACAUUAGCAAAAUUAGAUUCAAUAACGAAUAUUCAUGAAAUACAUAUAUGGCAAAUAGAUGAUUUACGGACAAUAGGUACUGUUCAUUUAAGAUGCAAUGAUAUAUCAAUAGCAGAUAAGAUGAUGAAGGAAGUGAAAGACAUCUUUCACAAAUAUAAUAUUCAUUCAAUAACUGUUCAAAUUGAAUAUGACGAUAAAUAUACGAAUGAAUGUGGUUGUGUUACGGAAAAUUGUAAAAGUUAUCAAUGUUGUACUUAUUGA